ACGAGGCCGUGACUCAACUUGACGACACGAUUGAACAAGAACGAGAAAAACAAGGGCAAUUUCGACAGAAAUCUGCCCAUGAAUUCAGUGAAAGUGGACCACCUGAGAAACAGUAAACAUGAGGGAAGAAAUUGGUGCAGCAGUUUUGUUUAUUACCCGUUUGAUACGGCAAAGCGGUAGCGUUUCGAGUGAGAAGGUCGUAGAAUUUUCCAAUUCUUUGUCCGCCAUUUUGAACGAAAAGUUUCAGAAUCAUUGGUAUCAAGACCAUCCAACUAAAGGACAAGGAUAUAGGUGUAUCAGAAUUAAUUCAUCAGAACCCAUUGAUCCCGUACUAGAGAAAGCAGCUCGAAACUCAGGACUUCAGUAUCAUGACCUCAGACUUCCAUCCGAAUUGACUCUCUGGGUUGAUCCUAAAGAUGUUUGCUGCAGGUUUGGAGAAAGCAGGGGCUCAUUUUGUACAUUGGUUACUUCCAAAGAUGGCAACUUAGAAACAAGGGCUCACACCGUAAACAUUGAGGAAUUAUUAAGACAGGAGAUGGAGAGGCAUAACCAGCAGGUGAACAUUGUGACAACUCGCAGCAACAUCAACAGUUCACACACCAAAUUUUCUAAGGGUGUUCACAACAGCAACUACUAUGCCAAGUUUCAAAACAACUUCUAUAACAACCAGCAGUUCCAGAACACCCACAACCGAUUCCGUCCUCAGAACAAGAACAACAACAACAGGAAACAAGCAAUGUGUGAAGAGCAGGUGAAUGGAAUCAGGGUGUCUCCUGAUCAUGUUAAUGAGGUCAGGCAGCAGUUUAUGGACCAAGUCAACAGCAUUGUAAAGGAUGGAGAGAAAGAAGGCCAGUCUAAACCCAAGUCCUUGGACACUGCCAUUUCAUCAUCAUCAACAUCAUUCAAAGACACAAAAUCUACUGCUGCAAAAACCUCGUCUGUCUCCCACAGUACCAAACCAGCUGAUGCUUCAAAAACCAUGAAUGACAAAUCAAAGCAAGGCAGUGAUGCCACAAAGGCUGAUGGUGCCAAAUCCGGCAGCGACUUCAACUCCAAACCCAGCUCCAGUACUGACAACAACAAAGCGAGCAAACCAUCUCAGGCUAAGGGCAGGUACCAGCCAGACCAAAAUACCUCAGCAAAGCCAGGUAGUUAUAAUGGGGGCAAGGGUACUCAGUGGUUAAACCGCACCCACUCCAAAUUCAAUUCUCAGAAGGUGUAUUAGAGUGGAUGUAUUGUGCUUUGAUGAUGAGGAAGAUGAUUAUUGUGAUGAGCACGAGGUUCUGAAUUGUAUAAUGGUAGAGAUGAUGCAGUGAAUGUCAGCAUGUUUAAUCCAGAUUUGUAACUAUGAUUUUUUUUAAUGAACAAGAGAUGUGAUAAGUAUUCUAGUCUAGUGCUUUAUUUUAUUCAAACUGCUGGUACAACAUCUUGUGCUAUUGUAUAAUGCCAGUUUUUAAAUUAUCAUUUUUUUCUUGCCAAAGAAACCAAUUUUUCCAUCAGGUUUAUGUGUGUUUGUGAACAAACCGUGGUCAUCUCCAAAUCAGCUGCCAAGCUCAGUCUAAAAUCAUGGGUACUUGAUCUGUCAUAUUGUUGAAUCUUUAAAUGUUUAUUGAUAUUUAUCAUUAAUUAUCUUCAGGAGUACUUUAUUCAAGUUUGUUGUAUUAUGAAUCUAUAUUUACAUAAAGACAAGAAUGCUAGACAAGCCACUGCCAUUUACUUACAGAGAUCUUCUUGGAGACAAUGGCUGCUAGAGUUGAACCCCCCCCCCCCCCCCCAUUUAUGGUACAUUAGAUUUAAAGAACAAUUGCUUUUUUGUCACUUUUUGUCUUUGGGCAAUUUUGUAACGUCAUGCUAAAAUUGAGAGCAUCUCAAGUUUUAGCCAGUAUACCCAAUUAUUAUAUUGAUGGUUGUUUUUUUUUUUUAUUUGUUGCAUUUGAAGGUGUAUAAUUAAAUGCAAGUUUCAUGAGAAAAAUGGCAGCAAAUAUUCCAUCUGACAUGUAUACGUAAUCAAAGAUGCAUUUCGAGUCCAUGCAAUGUACAGUUGUGGUAGUUAGUGAAACAGGGUAUGAUAAUAUACAGAGUUAACAUAUGCCACACAGUGUUAGUUGUUUGAGCAAUCCGUUAUAUAGUACUUCAGCAUUAUUAAUGAUCUUGUUAUGCGAUAAAAUUAUGAAAUUGGUAGAAAUUUCUUUUCUGUCGAUUUUUCCAUCAUUAUUUUUGCUAUUAGAGGGAUCAUGUUUAUUUCCUUGCAUUGAGUUUAUUAUAAUUUAAAUAUGGACUUCAGGUAUUUGCUGAAUAAUUUUAUUUUAUAUACGUGUAAAUGUACAAUGGAGAUUGUUACAGUGUUGAUCCUGAAUACAAUACAAUUCAAAGAAGGAGGAAUUAAUUUAUCUUGAUAUUAAUUAGAUACCAGGUGUAGUUAGAUUAAAUUAUGUAAAUCUAUUUUAAUAGUGAUUGAUAUAUGUGUAAUAUGCAAUCUGAUGGGAUCCAUUGUCUCUUGCUUUAAUUUGCUUGAGCAUUCCACUGGAAUAGUUUGUAUUGUGAUUAUGGAAACAAAAUAUGAUGAUCGUGCAUGUUGAAAGAAAUGUACAACAUUGCCAUUUUUCUCUCUUUUUUUCACUUUAUACUGUAUUCAUUGAAUUGUGGAUUAAUUUUUUUCAUAUUCAAGAAAGAAAGAAAGUGCCUUACUUGUAUGAGUAUUCUUGAAUAGAUUUGAAAGCUGCAUGUAAUGGAUGCUUUACAUACAAAUCCAGGAGGAUGGGUAGUGCAUUGUGAAAUUGACGUUUGUGUAAUUAAGAUUUGAUAGUUCAUUUGUUUUUGUGUUCUUCUAUUUUAAUCCUUUAAUUCUUUAACCAAUAUUUGUAGCAAAUCCCAUUCCCUAUAGUAUUUUGUCUUUAUUGUAGAAGUGCUUUUCAUCAUCCAUACAAGGUGGAUAUUUAUUAAAUUGAUUUUGAUGAAUAGUUUUAUGUAUGUAAUUAAUUGAUAAAACCUAUGCCCUGAAAGAUACAGAAAUAUUCAUGUAUCCAGAAUCAUGUCACAACGUAACCUUUUUUUUUUUUAUUUCAAAAAAACAUUUUGUCAAUCGAGUACAUCUUAUUUUGUUCUGAUGGAUCUCUUGAAUUUUUUUUUUUUGCUAAUCAUGUGCAAUAUAUGCAUGACCUCUUACCAGCAACAACUAUUCAUCCAGUUCAGACAAAAUUUGCAUAUCUCAGUGUACAUCAUUUUCAUUCCAGUUGAUUAUCUGUUAAUUGGAGAGAAAUCCUGCAAAAUCUUUCAGAGGCAUUAUUUACGGUACCUGUGUAGCCCUGUGUAGUCAUGUGACCUUCUCUUUCAAUGGUUAUCUACAUGUACGUAGGAAACAAACCAGUCUCUUUUAGUAUCGCAGUUCAUGCAGAAAAUCAAACAUUUGCAGUCAGAAUUAUUAAUUUUUUUUUUACGUAUAUUAUUGCAUGAUAAUUAAAUCAUACUUUUGUCAUAUGAAAUUUGAUUUCAUUCAUUUACAGCUCUUGUGUAUUAUUAAUGAAAUAUGCACACAAAGCUUCAUAUCUGAAGAUCUAAAAUGUUAUACUUGUACUAUGUGCUACAGUGGUGUUACCGGUUACUUUAAAGAGAUCUGGUUAAAUAAAUUUUUAUUAAAUGGUA